AUGCAUCCCGAUGACGGGUCGCGGCCGACCGGCAUGCUCAGCCUCUCCGUCGAACUUUUAGACCAGAUUUUUCGGUGCUUCGACCACUCUUUCGUUGACCGAGGCGGGAUCGACCUAGAUCUCAUUCAUGAACAGUCGGCAGAAGAUCGCCGAACAAUCCAGCACCUGCGGCUAGUGUGCCGUCUUUUCCACAAUGUGGCAUCACCAAUAUUGUUCACGGUGAUGAGAAUCUCUCUCGACAAGCAAUCCCUGGAUCGUGCUCAAUGUAUUGUACAGCAUCCCAUCUUCGGAGCAAGUGUCAGGGGCAUCCAAGUCUACCUAGAAUAUCGCCCGGCGUCGCUGGCCUCGGAGAUGAGGGAGUAUGUUGAGUUCCAGAAACGAUCGUUGGGCGACUACGUCAAUUAUCGGACGCCAUCUGACGUUCGGAGUGGACACGUCCGGUCGUCCAACGGGCGUUUUAUCAAGGUUGAUGGAGACCAGGAAAAAAGAGAUGAAGAUGAUAACUUUGACAUCUGGGCUCCAGGAGAUGAAACCAAGGCAUUUCUAAACUUUCGAGCCUUCAUCGCGGCCUGCGACCGAUUCAUCAAACACCAGGGGAACAUUUCUGGAUCCGGGAGGUUGUUUGCUGUCAAUGAAGGGCUGGUUGAUCAGUACAUACAGCUGAUCUUGCGAUCCUUUUCUGAAUACUCCAAACGUUACGACGAGCAGAUGGAGCUCAUCAUAAGCAAGUCUUUUGUCGACACUGUCGCCCAGAUAGUAUCCCGCUUGGGACGUCCCAUCACGCUGCAAGUUGAUGAUGGUGAACAAUCCCACCAGAAGCUGCCCGUACGCGGCCGUCUUGCGAUAUGCCUCGACGACGAAGCGCUUUUCCGCUUCUUGGUGGCGCCGCACAAAUGGACAGAUGCCGAUAAAGCUGGAGGACCCAAGCUAAUUACCCCAGCGCGGGUCGUCCCUGACUUGUCUGUUGCUAUCAAUAAAGCUGGAGGUGUGGUCUCUCGAUAUGAGCUCUCGUGCUUGCCCGACCCUCAUCAUUUCGAUACGGAAUCCUCCAAAGAAUCAGACAUGAGUGAUCGUGACGCAUGGGGUAAUCUCCGGGAAUCUUUUCGGGGGCUUAAGGUUCUUAGACUGAAGGGGAUGGCAUUAAAGGCGCUCAGACUCAAGGGGACAUCUUUUAUUCAACUUCUUGUCCAACGUCGACCACCGCUGGCACGGGACAAGAGAUACCUGGAGAAGUAUUUGCAGACGAUCCUAUCCGGUCAAUUUCUGGAAGAAGUUGUAUUAGACUUCUCACUACUCACCGGGCUUACAUAUGAGAAUGGGGCAAUCAUCUGGUGUCCACUGGGGACCAUCCUCCAAACCAGCCGCCCACAAGCCAUCAAGAUUACGAUACGAUGCAUGUCCCUAUCACAGAUAGAAUUGGAAGACUUCUUCCAAUCAAUGGAUCCAAAGACGGAAAGUCUUUGUUUGCAGGGUCUCAAUCUGGUAGACGGAAGCUGGAUACGUCCGCUGGCUAUCUUGAAAGAGAGGGUAGCGCCAAGAUGUGUGCAGGGGACAUUCUCUUUAGUCCUUAAAGAUUUGACCGGUGCUGAACUAGGGCCGAUGAAAAGAAUGACAACAGGAGCGCCUCCUUUGAAGAUUAACGAGCGCGAGGAUGUUGGCAUACUGGAGGUAGUCACUCGAUAUGUCCGAGGUGAUGGAGUUACAGAGAAUCCCCUACAAGCCGAAGCAGAUCUUUCGGACUGA